GGGUCACGAUUAAACUAUAAUCCGAGAUGUGCUUUAACUGCGGAACCCAGAACGAAACGGUAGCCUAUUAGUCAUCCUGGUUAGAUGGCUUUAAGUUCAGAUCAGCACCGCUGGCCGUCACACAAGUGUUCAAGGGUCUUGGCACCGAUAUUGUUCGCUGAAGGGACACUGAGGCAGCUGGUGGCUGAGCUAGCGAUCGUGCUAUCGUUUCAUGGCAUCAUGUUCUGCUUUUGUCUGCAGAGCUCCUUAAUGAAGCUGCAAACGCUUGACGUCGAGAUGUGUUCAUCUUUUCUACCAAGCCCGGAGGAAAGAUCUGCGGCGCAGUGUAGCAAGGAGCAAGCCCCCCAAAUAGGGCGAAAUGGGGCAGCCGAUGAAGGAAGCAGCGGCGAGCACACCACCACCAUUGCCCCUAUUAUUGAUUUCAAACUAAUGCAUCAGCAGCGAGAUAGUGACGAGCCGAUCCCAGCCUUUGAGAGCUGGCAGAGUGAGCCGGAGAAUGGAAGGGAAGCCCAUCGAUCACUGGGGGCUGGCAGAUUGCUGCAUCAUGUCACUGAAGGAGACAAUCCGCUGAUAUCGCCACGCUGCUCGAGUUUUAGUAAGAGUCAAAGAUUUGUACUGGAUACAGAGGCUGCUCCAUCCCCACCGAGUGCUCAACUCUUUAUCAUGCCAAGAAACUCUUCAUUAGUUAAUUCUGAGACUGAAAAUGGUCCAGUGUUGGUUAUGCAACUAACCAAACAGAUCCAGAACCUGAGAAAGAAAAUCCGGAAGUAUGAAGAAAAAUUUGAGCAAGAGAAGAAAUAUCGGCCCUCCCAUAGUGAUAAAGUUGCUGAUCCAGAAGUCUUGAAGUGGAUGAAUGACCUAACGAGGGCCCGUAAGCAGUUAAAAGAACUGAAACUAAAAAUCUCUGAGGAGGAGAAUAAUAGGCGGCACAGACAUCGAAGCAGUCUUCUAUCUGACAAAGAGAACAAUCAGCAUGCCUCAGAACUGCAGCAGAAGCCAAGUGUGGAAGAGACUGUACAAAUAGUGAUGAAGAAGUUAAAAGAAAAGCAGGAAAUGCUUGGCCUUCCAGAAGAUGUUAAGGUAUCAAAGCAGGAAAGAUUGCUCAUGAAGCCACUCUAUGACAGAUACCGAAGCAUACGGCAGCUUCUCUCACCUGUAGCUACAAUUCCCACUAUUGAAGAAGAAGGUUCUGAUGAAGAAACCAUCCUGAAGGGCAAUGAAACAUCUUGCAGACCAGCAGCUGAUUUUCCAUUCCAAGAAUUUGUAGAUAAUGUAGGUCAUCGAGAUGAAGAUCGUGAGCCAGGAUUUAUCCCCCUGGAAGAAAAGAAGGACACAAGGCAACUUACAAGUUCAUUGUCCAAUUUACAUGAAGCUUCCAUGCCUGAACUGUUGGAACACCUUCGUGAAACUAGAGCAGAGAAAAAGAAACUCCGUAAAACUCUCAGAGAGUUCGAAGAUCAAUUCUACAAACAAACAGGAAGGAAUGUCCAGAAAGAAGAUCGCAUACCAAUGGCUGAAGAGUACAAUGAGUACAAGCAUAUAAAGGCCAAGCUUCGAUUGUUGGAGGUUCUUAUCACGAAACUUGAUGGCUCAAAAAAUCUACUGAGUUCUUAGAAAACAGAAAAUUUUUGAAGACUAUUUUCUUGUCCUUGCAACAAACAGAGGAAGUUAUUCAAACCUCUUUAAAGCUCCUGGAUGUUUCAAGCUUGUGUUUGUGCCAUAGAAACUCUUGGCUGCACCUUACUAAUUACUGACAUCCCUAUAUCCCAACAGUGACAGCAAAAAUGAACACAGACGUUGUUGAGCAACUAAUCAAAGUCACUGUUACAAAAGACAAAGUGUUAUAAGAUGCACCAGUAUUUUUGAGCAGCUAGCUUUGAGAAUUUUAUUAAAUAGACCUUUUUUGACAUUGAUAAACAAUAUAUGAAUUCAUUUUUGGUAGGAGAUGUGUUUAGAACAAACACAAUUAUUGAUGGUCUCUGUUUGAGACUCCAUAGCACUUUAUUUGUAUCAACCUGGACUGAAAAGUCAUGUACAGUUAUAAAAGCCUGCCUAUUACUCAUUUUUUUGAUUUUCAAUUUAUAUCAUAUUAAGUAGUUUGUGGUUUAAAUACAAAUAUUAUCAUUGCUUGACAAUGAAAAAAAUUCAAAGUGGAUUUACAAUUGUCUGGGCACGAUCAUUUUUCUCAAGACCAUUUAAAACACGGUGAAGAUGCAAUUCCUUUAAUCAUUUUUGAUCAACUAAUGACCUGGGAUUGCCUUAUCUUUAUACCGUUUAUUAACUGUGUUUUCAUUUAUAUUUUUGGAUAGUACACUAAAAAUAUUUGUAAAGUUUUGUAACUUUCAUAAUUUUCACAAGUAGUGAUAUUCUGAGACUGUAAUAUGUCUGCAUGCAUAAUGUUCCUACAGUGCUUUAUUAGUUUUUUGUGCAUUAUGGUAUGAUGCAUUGAAAAUGUCCCAAUCAAUCCUUUCAACCAUUGCAUUUUGAAAUACUGGUUUUCCCACAAGAUUUAUGUGGACAAGGAAGGACAUUUGGACAAUCUUAUUUGGACUGUAAUAGGCCCUUCUGGCCCAAUGAGAUCGUGCCAUCCAAUUGCACCUAUGUGACCAAUUAACAUACUGACCCCUUACUUCUUUGGAAUGUGGGAAGGAACCCAUGCGGACAUGUGGCUAACGUACCAACUCCUUAUAGACAGUGGCAGGAAUUGAACCUGGGUGACUGGCGCUAUAAAGUGUUACACUAACUGCACUGCCCUAUCUUAGUUCAUUAUUCCAAAGAACUUCAAGUGAUUUAUAUUUUUUUUGAAGCUGGCUCCUUGGUUGUCUCAUGUUCUGCUCUCUCCAUGGUUACAUAAUAUCCAUUAAUUUGACUGCAAUAGGCAUCAUAAAUUUGAAAUGCCACUGUUGCAAAUAAUAAUUCUUAUAAUAGAGCGAUUACCCACUCUUAAGUUCCUCUCCAAAUGUAUAACAGCUGUUUCCUUCUUCAGGAAUUUCUCACUAAUUUCUAGUUUUAGACCUAGGAAGUUGCUACCUUAAGUCACAACUUUUCAUUUAGGUUUUUGUCUAAUGGUUUUUGGAAAUAACCCAUUGAAACAAGGUUUUCUUCAAUCCACUUAGUACGCUAAUUUGUUACAGAAUUUCAAAAAUUCAGUGUCUGUUGUUCAGGUUAGUGUUUUUACAGGUAAUCUUAAUAAUGAAUUCCAUUAUUUUCUGGCAGGAAUGUAAAACUAUUAGCUGAGCCUUGCAUUCUUAUCCCUUUUUACUGGGGUCACCCCAAUAUUCACUUCAUGUCCAUCAGCAUAAAUCGUAUCCCAUGUCUAAUGUUUUGAACACGUAUAUAUCACAGACCUUCAUAUAAUCAAUAAUUCUGGUCCUUCUGCUGAGUAGCAAACUAGGCAGUUCCCCAGUUACCUACCUGCUAAAUCUGGCAUUGCCUGCAGCAGGUUCCAAGUAUGCAUUUUACAGGUUUGCAUUAGUUUGCAAGGGAAGGUUUGACCAGUUUAAAUGACUAUUUCCACCUCAGAACUGUUUUUGUAUCUGGUUAACCUAUGUCUCCAGACUUAUUAUUUGUCAGGAACUUGGAUGUAUUUCUCAUUUCAGUUUCAAAAAGAUUCAGUAACUACUAAAAUUAAUUCUGCUAUUAAGGAUUUAAAAUUACUCUAUUUUAAUAAACAAAACUCAAACAAAAUUAGAUGAGCUCAUUUACAUCAAUGUAAAUUGUAUUUACCUUUUUCUCCUAUAGCCAAAUUUUCCCCCCAUUCAACAAGUGCUAAGAAAAUAUCAAAUAUCCAAAUCAGUUGUUUGCACUACUCAACUAUUAGUUUCAUAAAAGGAUAUCAUAUUAUUUAGCUCACUAUUAAAAUAUUUAAAUUGCUUUAUUUACACAGAUGAUGGGAACAAAAUUCAUGGUAGAAAAUUUUGUCCCAUUUCCGUCUGAGUAAUUUUUAAAGGUAAAAAUUGAUUACUGCCAGUCAACCUCACUAGCAUAUAAAUCUGAUUUAUGUAGAAGAAAAUUGUAAAAAGAAUUUGCAAAGGCAGAUCCAACUAAUGGCAGACAGUGUUAGAUUCUUUCUUAUGUUUAAUAAUUGCUUAACUUAGCUUUAAAUCUUUCAAUGAAUGCAGCUGUUGCACCCUUUCCACUUGGCUUUAUCGAAAGCUGAGCUGUUGUGCACAUAGAUUAAAUUGGUUAAAUUUAGUGUCCUGCUGAUUCCUAUUUAUACAUCCUUUCAAAACAAUUUCCUUAACCUUGUCUUUCGUUGGCUUGAAACUGGCUUUUUUUAAAUUAAAAAAAGCUAAGUGCCUCUUUGCUCUUGUAGGUGUCAAAACCAUGAAGUGGAAUUUUUAUCAUUCAAAAGUGCUACCAUACAAAAUAUGAAUGUCUAUUCAAUGUGUAUCAAAUAUAUGUUUGAAGCCUUUUUAAUGCUUAUUUGAACUGAAUUUGAUUUGCAUUUAAUUUGCAAAGUCAAAUGAAUGUAGAGGAAAGUUAAAUCUUUAUAAUAUGUGAAUAGUCUACCAAAAUACUUAUUGCUGAAUUGGAACUUCUCUGUCAAGUGGGACUAAUCAUGAAUUUCCUUGCUUGGUUCAAGUUAUCUGAAGCACCACAAAGCAAAAUUUAAUCCUUGGAUGGGAGCAUUGAUUCAAAAUCAUAUUGGCAAUGUUAUGAUUCAGCUUCAGUUGUACAAUUUAAACCACAAUCUACAAUUCAAGUUACUUAUCACAUCAGUUUAAAAAUCUGAUGUGUAAGGAAAGUUUUAAAUGCAGUGAUAAGUUGCCAUUCUUAAUUAAAAUUUAAAAGUUGUUUAGUAAACAUCUGUCCAUCCCUUUCUCUGGGAACCCUGUUCACUGAUACAAAUUGUUUAUGCAUUUUUUAAAGAAAGAGAUCAUAAAUUAUUGUUUGUUUAACACAAUGCCAAUAUAUGUAUUUUGUUGCAGUUAGGUAUUUAUUAAACAAUAGCUAUGUUUGUAAGAAGAAUAAUAGUUAAUGAUAUACAUGAAGUUAGUGUUGGAAUGUAAUAAAUAAGAGAUGAUAAUUGCA